AUGGCUUCUGUUCUUGCUGUUGGAGCCGGCGCUGCCGUUGCAGCUUUCCUCGGCCGAGCCGGUCUUGUCGCAUGGCGCCGAUCUCGCGGCGGCGUCGGCGCGAUGGGCAAGGCUUUCUACAAGGGCGGCUUCGAGCCCCGCAUGAACAAGCGCGAGGCCUGCCUCAUCCUCUCUCUCCAGGAGAGCGGUAUCAGCCGCGACAAGAUCCGCAAGGCGCACCGCACGCUGAUGCUCCUCAACCACCCGGAUCGCGGCGGAAGCCCGUACCUCGCGACCAAGGUCAACGAGGCCAAGGAGUUGCUCGAGAAAACGACGUCUUGA